AUGUCACCAUUGCUUCGAAUUGUCGCUUUCUUUACACUGAUUGGUGCAGCCUAUGGCUCGACCUUUCGCGUCUUUGACAACACAGCCUACACCAACACUUCCAUCGGUCAUGGCAGCACAAACAUCAACUGGAUUCCUGCCUAUGUGUGCAAUCCUCUGACCGCAGGGGGUGUUCUUCCAUCAGCCGAUAAAUGGAAAAAUAUUGUUCUCGAGUGGAACAUAUAUCCAAGCUAUCCGCUUGUGCUCGAUUGCGAAAAUCUAUACUUCACUUCCACCUCUACGGCAGAUCUCUACCUUGAAAUUAUGUCUACAUUGCAGACGUGGGCGGCUGAAGUCAUCCCUGCAGACCAGAUCAUUGGCUGGUACGGACUGUCCGGCAAUACCAUUUCGUCACUAUACCCACAUUACCGCAACCUCAUUGCCAACCACAGCAAUCAUGCUUUCUUCCCCUCGGCCUAUACGUUCAGUGACAGCUUGUCAACGUGGGAGAACUCGCUCAACUCGGUGGUUGCCAAAAUUCAGACAAUCGAUAGCUCUUUGCCGGUUUGGCCAUACACUUGGCCCCAAUACCAUGGCAAUUACUCUUUCAUCCCAGCAGAUCUGUGGGAGAGUGAGUUGGAGGCUCUUGCAAGUAAUGAGCAUGUUGAUGGAUUUGUUAUCUGGGGCGGAAAAAACCACGCAGUUUGCAAUGAUGCGUGCCAGAUAGUUGCAGGAAAGGAACCUUGGCUUAAUAUUACGCGAAUUUAUCUGGACAACCUCUAUGGGAUCUAUGGGAGUGAGGUCAAGGAAACUGGAGCGCAGCUCUUCAAUUGA